AUUCCUGAGCAUUUUAUUAAAUUUAUACAAGCUUUAAAAUGUUAAUUUUAAGUGUAAUAGUCACUAGUUUAGUUAUUGCUGCUGCUGAACAAGACACAAGUGCUCAAUACUGUGAUAAAACAACAAAAUCUUGUGGGAACGGUGACGAAGUAUCUUAUGACAAAAAACGUAUUUUCUACGAUGUAAAUCCUCCUGAAGGCUUCAAUUUACGGAGAGAUGUGUAUAUGAGGUUCGCAAUUAUGUUGGCCGAGGCUCAGAAACAGGGUAAAGACAACUGGGAACUUGUUUUACCUCCGUGGUAUAACCUCUAUCAUUGGAGAUCGGGACGCCGCGAACCUAUACCAUGGAACAAAUAUUUCGAUAUAAAAUCACUGAAAUCUUACUCUCCCGUUGUGGAAAUGUACGAAAUAUUCUCAAAAACGAAGAAAAACCAGUUGGAAAUCGAUGUUUUGUACAUGUUAGAGAACUAUGAGGAUCCAUUUGAAAAUGGAGUUUUUAAUGAUAAAUGGGAGGUGCAAGGCAGCUGUGAAUACGAUGGUCUGUACUGGGGCUACAACAAUAUCACAGCCAAAGAGGUUCUAUGCGUUAAAUUUCAAGGUAAAAUUUCAAAACUGUGGGAAUUGAUCGCUCUACAUCCGCACGCAACAAAAAUUAUGUUUACUCACGGAGAAAUACCUCUACACGACACCUAUGGCACUAAAUCCUACUGGGAUUGCCAUAAAAGCAUGAAAUUUAAUAAAAACCUUGUCCGCUUUGCCAAAGAUUAUAUUGAACAAUAUUUGAACUGUAAAACGGAUAAAUGUGCUUCGUACCUUAGCGUUCAUUGGAGAAGACAGGACUUUGCACGAAGUAGAGGCAACCAGGUACCUUCUAUAGCUGGUACCGCUAAGCAGAUACGUAAAGCAAUGAAGAAAUUACCCAAUAUAAAUAAGGUUUUCAUAGCAACGGACGCAUCUAUGUCCGAAAUAAAUAAGUUGGAAAAGGCUUUACAUGAAUACGGCUAUGAAACACACUUCUUCUUACCGAGUCCGUCUAUAAUUGAGGAGUAUGGAGAUGGUGGUAUAGCCAUAAUAGAUCAGAUUAUUUCGUCCCAUGCUGCUCACUUCAUUGGCACGCAUGAAAGUACUUUUACGUACAGAAUACAAGAGGAACGGGAAAUUUUGGGUUUUGAUAGCAGCACUACGUUUAACAGACUAUGCCCUGAUACCGGACAUUGUGAAAGGUCAACGAAAUGGUUAAUCGUAAACUAACAA